AUGAUUUUGACGAUUUACGUGUUCAACAAACGAAAAAUAAUUCUAAUACUGUCGAUUCCGGGAUUCCCCACGCGGUCCGUUUGGCUCGCUAAAAGUAGGUUUCCGACGGUAACGCCCAGCCGGGUAAGGCCGCGUGUAAACCAUACUGCUAAAAGCAUUUUGAGAAAAUUACUGGCGAGAAUUUUCUCCACGAGAAUAUUCUCGUUCUCGAGAAUAUAUGUUUUGAGAAUAUUCUCGCUCACAUCACUAAAUUUAUUCAAUGCCCCGUUAAUCUGA